UGAAUUUAGAUAUGGAUAGCCAUUCUUCAAAACUUGAUGCCGAGGAAGUUAAAGAGUUAGAUAUGCUUGCGAAGGUACAGGGUAUUGACAUUAUUUUUGGAAGGCCAGAGCAUUCAGAGAUAUUAGCCACUUUCAAUGCCAAGAUGGCUCUUGAAACGGAGAAUAUUACUUUGGAUGUCAAAUUAACCACUGAGGCUAUUCAUAGGUUGCUUUCUGACCAACCAGAUUCGGAUAGUGAAAGACCUUAUGGAUUUUACCUGGUUGCAGUAACUGAUGACCAGACUCCUGUUGGUUGUAUGAUGCUAACUUAUGAAGUUAAUCCAACUGUUGGAGGGCUCAUCUAUAUGAUCCAAAGUGUUUUUGUAGAGAAAGAUUUUAGAAAAAUGGGUAUUUUCAGGAAGAUCUUCCAAAAAGCUCAGCAAAUCGCUCAUGAAGAUCCUCAGUGUAAAGGAUUAAGACUAUAUGUAGAGCUAGAAAACAAGGUAGCCCAGAAAGUUUACCAGAACAUGGGUAUGAGUGAGGUUGAGUACAAAUUUAUGGAGAAGGAUUUCGUAUUUAGUCAUUAAUCGAGGAUACAGCCCUUAAAGACGAAAAUUGGCAUAAAAAUUGUUCAAUUUU